AUGUCAGUUCCUCAAGCCAAUGGCCCCAAGUCCAUAAAGAAUGGUUGGUUUACCGAGAUUAGUGACAAACAUUUCCCCGGCCAAGGUCUAUCUUUGAAAGUUGAUGAGGUGCUGUACUAUGCACACAGUGAAUUUCAGGAAAUUCUGGUAUUCAAGAGCUCCAAUUGGGGUAAUGUGCUGGUUUUGGAUGGUAUAAUUCAGUGUACGGAAAGGGACGAGUUUGCGUAUCAGGAGAUGAUCAGUCAUGUCCCACUGUUUGCUCAUCACAACCCAAAAAGAGUUCUAGUAAUCGGUGGAGGUGACGGUGGUGUGAUCAGAGAAGUCGUGAAGCAUUCCUGUGUGGAAUCUGUGAGUUUGGUUGAAAUCGACAGCACAGUCAUUGAAUUGGCGAAACAAUAUUUGCCCAAUAUGUCGUGUGCGCUUUAUCAUGAGAAGGUGACUAUUCAUUUGCGUGAUGGAUACCAGUACUUGAGAGAAGUGGGGAGUAAUCCACAGCAGGAUAAAUAUGACGUUAUUAUUACGGAUUCUUCUGAUCCUGAUGGUCCUGCUGAAGCCUUUUUCCAGAGAGAGUACUUCCAACUAAUGAAUGAUGCUCUGAAGGAUGACGGUAUAUUGAUCGCACAGGCCUCAGAAAACGUUUGGUUAGAUAUUAAUUAUCUCAGUCGGUUGGUGAAGACUGCCCGUUCGGUUUUUGAAAAUACAAGGUACUGUUACACUACUGUUCCCACUUAUACUUCGGGCCAACUGGGACUAAUUAUUUGCGCCAAAGAUAGUAAGGUGAAUUUGACCAAACCCCAACGUACCCCGUCAAGUGAAGAGCAGCAAUUGAUGAGGUACUAUAACCCACAAAUACAUUACACAUCUUUCAUACUGCCCACCUGGGCUGAUACACUUGUCUACGACACAAAUUAA